GUCUUACCAUUGCUAGCUGUGGGUCACGUGAGCUGACAGCCAGGACCUAUCACAGCUCUACAGUGCGCAUGCGCAGUCUGUACAAUGUGGUUGAUGGUCCAUCGGCUUGUGUGUGUGUCUGAGCCCCGGGAACCCGAUCAGCUGCACUUCUCUGUGUGUGUGUUAGUGCAGCUGCACGGUUUACAGCUCGAGGGAUAUUAUUGAAGCUCGUCGUUAUAAAUAUGUCUACAAACAAAGUGAAGAAAGUGAAAAAGGCCACCAAAUCAUGCCCGGAGUGUGACCAACAGAUUCCUGUGGCUUGUAAAUCCUGUCAUUGUGGCUACGUCUUCAUAAGCCGAAAGCUUCUAAAUGCCAAAUUAAAUGAGAGGUCUCCAGUAAUGGACAAUGUGGAUGCAAAGAGAAGACGAACAGAAAGAAUCAGAAAAGAGAAGAUAAACUUAACCUCUACCAGUGAUAUGGAAAACAGGAGAGGACCCCGUUCCAGCAGUCAGUCAGAUCCCAUCCGCAGAGGAAGAGGCAGACCCAAAACUGUUGGGCUGAAGAAGCAGGAGGAAGAAAAAGAGAAACAAGAAAAGGAGGUAGACCUUUAUGCCAACCUCUCAGAUGAGAAGGCUUUUGUGUUCUCAGUGGCCUUGGCUGAGAUUAACCGCAAAAUUCUGGGCCAGAGACUCAUCCUGUAGCAGGCGUUGGGAACGGUUGCAGCUAAAACUCAGGACUAUUACUACGUGGCCGUCCCAUCUGUCUGUUUAAAAGCGGGUUGUGAAACUCUGACCCGGAAAGACUUAAACCCCUGCCUGUGUGGCUGAAGCUCAGUGGUGCUCCCGUGAAUCGGUGGCCGGUUUGUGUAUGAGGAGAAAUGAGUGACAAGUGUAGUAAUGAUAAGUGGUGUAGGAUUCUAUCUAUUUUAAUGGCAAUUUUACGGAAUGUUCUAAAUGUUGCUACCAGUCGUUUCUUAAAAUUUCAAGCUUUUUAUUGGGGGACAGUGGGUUCACCAAAAGAGCAAUUUAUGUGCAAAUUAUGACUGGUGCCAUUAUUCAGACUUGGAUCUACUCAAAUAUUUAGGUGCCAGUGAACCAUAUUUCAUAAUUAAUCUAACGGGAGCUGAAGCCUAGGAAAUGCCGGAUUAAUGGUUAUUUAUUAUGCCUGAAACACUAUAAUUUAAGUGCGUUUUUUUUUUUUUUUUUUUUUUUUU